ACGUUUCUGAGGAUAUUUUUUAACUUACAAGUAAUCGGUCCGACAAUUGAUAAUUAGGGUUUUUAUCGGAGAGUAAAAAUGGCCGAAGGACAUGUGAUAAGCUGCCACAGCUUGGAUGAGUGGAACCAACUUAUGCAAAAGGGAAAAGAUUCUAAUAAACUGGUGGUUGUGGAUUUCACUGCUUCUUGGUGUGGACCUUGCCGGAUCAUCGCCCCAGUUUUUUCUGAGUUUGCUAAGAAGAUACCAAAUGUCCUAUUUCUCAAGGUUGAUGUCGAUGAAUUGGAGACUGUUGCGAAGGAGUGGUCUAUUGAGGCAAUGCCAACUUUUAUCUUUGUAAAAGACGGGAAACUAGUGGACAAGGUUGUGGGUGCAAAGAAAGAAGAUCUUCACCAGGCAAUACUUAAGAAUGCUGCUGAUACAGCUCCUUCCAGCGCAAGUGUCUGAAAACAUAUCUGUCGGGAUAAUGAUAUUCCCAAUAUGGUUAUUACUACUUAUUAGGUUGAAAUUGGAUUAUGUAGACAGUUUCUGGUUGUUACCUGACGUGUGGAUUAUCUUGUGAAGAUGUCUUAUGUAUGAACUAUGCCGUUUAAGAUAAAUUACAAACUAUGAUAGUCA